UUUUUUUUUUUUUUUUUUUUUAUCAUUAUUAUUUUUUGGGGUUUUGGGAAACAACCGGAAAGGAAACGAAGAAACCCAAGAGGCAAAGUAGGGGGAAUUAUUUUUCUGUUGGUGCCGAGUGCCUGGGAUCUGGGGCCGAUUUAUUUAUUUGGCCUGGUUGCUUAUUCUGCUUGAGUUGUCCGACUAUCGCUCGUAUUUGUUUACCAUCACCACCGCUUCCAUCUUCUGGAUUGGAUUGGACUUGGUCGACGCGCAGGGAUCCAUUCGUCCCAGAAACCCCAUCGCUUGGUCGGAUUAUUCCCCGACAGGUUCACUGCGGGUCCAGACAAAUUAGUGCCGUUCUCCUUCGCCUUCUUUUCUUCUUUUUCUGGAUUUUCUACUUUAAGUUCGCAUUAUAUUACUGGGGCAGUCCCAAGUCGCGCAACCACUCCAACCGAUACGCGGACUAGGUCGCGGGGUCAAUCAUCAUGGUUUCCUUCUCCUGCGAGGCUUGCGGUGAUGUCCUCACCAAGAAGAAGCUCGACCCGCAUCGCAACCAGUGCCGCGGCGCCUCCUACACCUGCAUCGAUUGUAUGGUGCACUUCUACGGAACGGAAUACCGCUCGCAUACGUCGUGCAUGUCCGAGGCGCAAAAGUACCAGGGUGCGCUUUACCGAGAGAAGCCUGCGAAGAACCAACGCAAGCAACAGAACAAUGGCAGACAGAACCAGAACCAGAACCAGCACCAGCACCAGAAGCAAAACGGUCAUGGCCACCGUGCACCCUACGUCGAAGAUGCGAAUGAUACCGAUAACCCGCCGGCUGCUCCUACUCCCCCGGUCGCGGGCGCCGACAAGACCCCCGCUCAAAAGGGCGACAAGCAAGUCAACGUCUUCGAUUACCUGGUCGCGGAGAAUACCCCCAAUGCAUCCAAGGUCUCUCUUGGCGGGUCCAAAGAGCAGAUGAAGAUGGUCGACAAUGCCCCGUCCGUCUUCGAGACCAGCAAGUCUUUGACUCGCACUGAAACUGAUGCCGAGGAAGAUAAUAAGACUUACGAUGUAGCGUACGAGGAAAACGGCUUCUCAUACGGUGCCGGCCCCAUUAACAAGUCCGUGUAUGAGGGCAAGGCGCCUAAUGCCUCGGAGGAGUUCAUGACCCCUGCGCCGAAGAAGAAGAAGGACCGCUCGGCUAAGGCUGGCGCCACCACCAGUGAGAAGAAGCGGAAGCGCCGUACCGAGGAUCACGACAUGGAGGGCGCCGACACUCCGAUGAUGGAUGCGCCGUCCAGUGUUGUGAACAACCCGGGCACCCCCAUGCUCCAUUCUGGCCUGACAGGAGGAUUGGACCGGAUGCUCCGCUCGCCGUCUCUGGAUGGCGAAGGGCGCGAGGAUCACCCACGUCGGCGCUACCAGGACCCGUCAUCGCCUAUCAAACGUACCCGUCGCGACGCCAAGGACAGCAACGGCGAUGCUGGCCUCGGUAUUUCGAUGAAGAACCGUGCCGAACGUCUUGUCUCGUCCAUGUUUGGCGGUUCUUCUGUCUCUGGAAGCAGUGUGAACAGCCGCGAGCCCUCAGCCAAGGCUGCUCGAACCAGUCGGCGUGGAUCCGACGACGGUGAGACGGAGGCUCGUCACUCGAAGAAGUUGGCCAAGGUCCGGAACGUUUCGAACGGGCAGGCCGGAUCUGAUGCUAGCAAGAGUAAGCGUAAGAGCAGCGCUCAAACCGAUGGAGAUCGGCCAUCCCGCCGCGUCAAGCAGAUCGAGUACUCCGAGUCUCGCCAAGGCAAUGACGGCGGGGAAGUGGUUGUUUACCAGCAAAGCACCGUCCCUGAUGGCUUGCAGCGACAGAUGGCCACUCACUUUCUGUCGCUGGUGAGCAAGGGUCCGGAGAGCACGCGAGGAUUCUCGGUGAACAAGGUGCUGAAGCGCUUCCACCGUGACUUCACUGACGAGUUUGAUGAUGAUCGUGGUCGGGAUCAAGGUCGUGGCCGGGCGGAUCGGGAGCGGCGCAUGGAUGAUGAGAAGGAACUGUGGCGAACAUUGCGGGUGAAGCAGAAUGAACGGGGAGAGGUGGUGCUUUUCUUUUGAUCGUGAUGAAACAUGCUCGGUUUUCAGUUUUCCUAGUGCAUAGCGAUAGUGGUGGAUGGUCCUCUGAAGAUUCACUCAGACAUGUAUAUUGGCUGUUACACUUGAUUCCAGACUAUUUCUCUUGAUAAUUAUUGGUUGUUCACCCCUGCC